AGCUGAGGCAGGAUCUGACGUAGUUCGUUAAUCUCCUUAAUUGAAUUAGGCUGAACCUGCAGGCCAACACUGGACCUCACUGAAGACACGGUGUAUCAAAAAUCGAUGUUUGGUGCACUCAAAAGUCAACCAGUCCCCGAGAGCAGCAUCUUUGGGUUUUAAAGUUCUUCAGUGUGAGGUAGAGGUGUGUUUUUUUUAAUCUACAGGCUCGUGCACGAUGCUGCUGCGGCGUGUGUUGUGGGGAGCUGUGGUGCGUCAGGUCACUCCGCGUCUGACCUACAGCACUGCGGCACAGCUACAGAAGGCAAAGCCAAAAAAGACCAAGUUUGGCCCUCUUAGCGACCAAGACCGGAUAUUCACCAACUUAUAUGGCCGGCAUGACUGGAGACUCAAGGGAGCACUCAAACGAGGGGACUGGUAUAAGACCAAGGAGAUUAUACUGAAGGGAACAGACUGGAUCAUAAAUGAGGUGAAGAUUUCAGGGCUUCGAGGAAGAGGCGGGGCAGGCUUCCCCACAGGCAUGAAGUGGAGCUUCAUGAACAAACCAAGCAGUGGAAGGCCCAAGUACCUGGUGGUGAAUGCUGAUGAGGGCGAGCCUGGGACAUGUAAAGACCGGGAGAUAAUGCGUCACGACCCCCAUAAGCUAAUAGAAGGCUGCCUGGUGGCUGGGGCAGCAAUGGGUGCUCGUGCUGCAUAUAUAUACAUCAGAGGAGAGUUUUACAAUGAGUCAUCUAAUCUACAGGUGGCUAUAAAUGAGGCAUACAAGGCCAAGCUGAUCGGGAAGAACGCCUGUGGUUCUGGGUAUGACUUUGACGUUUUCGUGAUGCGGGGAGCGGGAGCUUACAUCUGUGGAGAGGAGACGGCCCUCAUUGAGUCUCUCGAAGGCAAACAAGGGAAACCCCGACUCAAACCGCCUUUCCCUGCAGAUAUAGGCGUGUUUGGAUGCCCCACAACAGUAUCCAAUGUGGAGACGGUUGCUGUGGCACCUGAUAUCUGUCGUCGAGGUGGAGCUUGGUUCGCCAGCUUUGGGAGGGAAAGGAACUCUGGGACAAAGCUGUUCAACAUCUCCGGGCAUGUGAACACACCAUGCACUGUAGAGGAGGAGAUGUCUAUUCCUCUGAGGGAGCUAAUAGAGAGACAUGCAGGAGGGGUGAGGGGUGGCUGGGACAAUCUACUGGGAGUGAUCCCAGGAGGGUCCUCCACUCCCAUCAUCCCUCGCCAUGUGUGCGAUGAUGUGCUCAUGGAUUUUGAUGACCUGGUCCGAGCAGAGACAGCAUUAGGAACUGCUGCGAUCAUAGUUAUGGAUAAAUCGACUGAUGUUAUAAGGGGAAUUGCACGUCUUGUUGAGUUCUACAAACAUGAGAGCUGUGGACAGUGCACCCCCUGCAGAGAAGGAGUUGACUGGAUGGAUAAUAUGAUGUGGAGAUUUGUUCGAGGAGAAGCAGCAGUGUCAGAGAUUGACAUGAUCUGGGAACUCAGCAAGCAGAUUGAAGGACACACUAUUUGUGCUCUGGGGGAUGGAGCUGCCUGGCCUGUGCAGGGACUGAUUCGCCACUUCAGGCCGGUCAUGGAGAACCGCAUUGCUCAGUAUAACCAGAAAAACCCUCCAAGAGAGCCAGCGAUUGAGAUGAUGUGAAACUAUGCAGAUGUCAAUAUAAGAACUCCCAAAGAUAUCAUCAUCGUACCAUGUUGUGGAGCUUUGUGUAAAUUAUUUUGUAACAUAGUUUUCAAAUGUAAAUGUUCUCAACAAUAAACUGCAUAUGGUACUGCUUAAGAUUAAAAAUGUCUUCCAAGUUUAAA